AUGUCCAAUGAGAAGUCACCCAUAGCAACAAAAUUAAACGAAAUUCUAUACCGGUAUCGAGCAACUCCAUUGUCUUGUGGGAAAACACCAUCCGAACGCUACCUGGGAAGGAAUCUUCGACUCAAAUUGGACGCACUGAAACCAUUCAAAGAACAGCAUACCACCAACAUGGUAGCAAAACCACGUGUCCAAAAUCUAAGCGUGGGAGAUCGUGUUCAAGCUAGAUGGGUUGCAAAUAAUAAAGCAACUUGGCGAUUUGGAACAAUCAUUAAGAAGUUUGGAAAACUACACUACUUAAUUCGGCUAGAUAGCGGAUACACGCUUAAGAGACAUAUCGAUCAGCUUCGACACUGCUAUGUUGAAAAGAAGGAAGAAGAGACAACAUCGAACGAAAAACCAAAGAAAACUGUAAGGUUUUCCGAUAAAACAGAGUCUUGUCCAGACGAAACACAAGACAAAGACAUUCAAGAGUCAAACGACAACAUCCUAUUAGACGGUGAACUCAUACAAGAUGACCCUGGGCCAAACAUUAAUAACAAUACUCCGAAUGAAGGCAAUAGUUCGGCUGGAGAACAACCGUGCAGACAAGAAGAGCCAGGGCCUUCGCAGCAGGACGUGCGCAGAUCGCAGAGAACCAGGAAAGUGCCGGAGCGAUUCAAAGACUAUUAUCAAUAUUAA